GUCAAUAACGUGAGACAUUCUAGUUUACGGUACGUCUUCACGUGAGCAUAGUUUGAGAAGAUAUGGCGCUGCUGGGGAUCCAUAAGGAGCUGUUGGUUUGCAGCAGCGGGAGCAAGUUCUUAGCAAUUAACACUGAGGAAAACAGUGAAGCUGGAAAGUCAUUUGUUUUUGAUUGCAGCACUGCUUCAAAGAAGUCUCAGGAGAAUGACAAUAAAGGAGAUGACGGAGGCUCAGAAGAAAAAGGAAGUGACAAGAUUUUAGCUUUCACCUUCUCCUCUUCAGGGCAAUAUUUUUCUCUCACAGAUGACAACAAGCGUCUUAUUCUAUUCCGCACCAAGCCUAUUUGGAAAUGUCUUAGCAUCAGGUACGUAGUUCGAAGAUGCACUGCUUUAACAAUAACACAGUCCGAGGACCAGAUCCUGGUAGCAGAUAAAUCGGGAGAUGUGUAUUCCUUCUCGAUUGUGGAGCCUCAGAGACCAGCAGAACUCAAACUGGGCCAUCUCUCAAUGCUACUGGGUGUGACAUUGAGCUACAAUGACAAAUAUGUUAUAACCGCAGACAGAGAUGAGAAGAUUCGUGUCAGCAUUUUGAAGUCCCCAUACAACAUAGAGUCCUUCUGCCUGGGUCACACAGAGUUUGUAAGUGCUGUGAUUGUUAUCCCUGAUCAUCCAAAGCAACUUCUUUCUGGAUCUGGGGAUGGAACUUUGAGGCUCUGGGAAUACAAGUCUGGAAGAGAGCUCCAGUGCUGGGACCUGAGAGAACUUAAUGACCCCAAACAAAAGGACAAUGAGAAGAAGUUUGCUGUCUCAAGAAUAGCCUGUUCUCGUAAGGGAGGCCACGUUGCUGUCUUGUGUGACAGCUUUCCAGCAGUACACCUGUUCCAAAUCGACACGGGGACUCAGAGGCUGGAGUUCAAAGAGACGGUCCGGUUAGCACACAAUUCCUGGGAUGUUGCCUUUGACGAGUCUGCAGGACUGUGGGUCCUUCAACAGAAUAAAGUGUCAACAGCUACUCUGUACAGACUCAGAGAAGGUCACUGGCAGUGUGCAGUUGAAGACCCAAAGCUUAAGACGACAGUGGACAUUCUUUCUAACCACUGGGACAUGUUCCAAGUGUCUCUUGAUGCAGAGAGCCGCUACCACAACCUGUAUAAGUCAGUCUUUGACAACAUGGCAGCUUACCUGCUGAAGAAGGAGGAGAGGAUUCAGCAGCAAGGAAAGAGGAUGAAAGGUCAACUCCCAGAAUCCAGCGGGGCAAAGAACAUUUAAACAGAGAAGCCCACAUUCUGACAUCGUGACCUUUUUAAAAGAAUUGCUGGAUACAUGAUCAGUAUUUAUUUGUGACGGAGAGCCUACUGUGCAUUGGCUAAAGAAAUCUGCAAGGUUAGAUUCCUUGGGAAUAUUCACCAUUUAUAUUUGAAAGUGUACGAGGUAUUAUUGUAUUUGUAAUUACUUUGUACAGAUUACAAUGUUUAUAAAGUUAGUAGGUCACUUUGUAAUGCUCUGUACCUAAAGGUGUUUCUGCAUUAGCUUUUUGAUACUCAAGCCAUUUGUCUGAGAAGGGUUACAUUUAUUGAGAAUAUUAAAAUAACAUAGAAUGUAGCAUUUUACUACCUGUUAAUUUGUUUUGGCAGUAUAGCAAAAUAGCUUACAUACAUUAUACCCUCACAACGUAGAGACUGUGUACUAUUGACCAUUUGUGUUCUACAUCACUGUAUUGUUUUUGUCAACAGGCUGACAGCAAAAUAAAUUGAUAUAACCAAA